GGACCUAGCAAACAAUAGGCUAAAGGGAGCAGCACUGCAGGACAGCUGUGCUCAACAAAGAGGAAGAAACUGCUGUGCUCAGGUCCUAACUGUUCAGCAGUGAUUCUAUGAUGCAAGUUCCAGGAGUUCCUCUUUCUGUGGUAAUCAUCUCUAUGGCCUCUUCUUGCUGAUGUUUGCCCCAGUUUUGGGCACAAAGAGGAAGGAUGCUGAAGAAUGGGUACCCUCCUUUCGGCUUUUAGAACAUGGGCACUUGUGUGAAGAUGCAGCUGUGAUCUUCGGCUGUGUGUCUCACCGAAGGGACCUGAUGUUUUACAUUAUUGGUGGGAUCACAGUAUCUGUUGUAGCUUUCUUCUUCACCAUUAAGUUCCUCUUUGAGCUUGCCGCACGUAUAGUCAGCUUCCUUCAGCAUGAGGACCGGGAACGCCGAGGGGAGCGAACUAUUUAUGACUACGUGCGAGGCAACUACCUGGAUCCCCGGUCCUGCAAAAUCUCCUGGGAUUGGAAGGACCCCUACGAGGUGGGCCAUAGCAUGGCCUUCCGAGUGCAUUUAUUUUAUAAAAAUGGGCAACCCUUCCCUGCUCACCGGCCUGUGGGGCUGCGAGUUCACAUCUGCCAUGUGGAGUUAGCAAUUGAUAUUCCUGUAACACAGGAAGUUCUUCAGGAGCCUAAUUCCAAUGUGGUGAAAGUGGCCUUCACUGUGCGCAGGGCUGGGAGAUACGAGAUCACUGUAAAACUUGGUGGCUUGAAUGUGGCCUACAGCCCCUACUACAAGGUGUUCCAGCCAGGAAUGGUGGUUCCCUCCAAAACCAAAAUUGUCUGCCAUUUCUCCACUCUGGUGCUGACCUGUGGACAGCAGCACACUCUGCAGAUAGCUCCUAGAGAUGAGUAUGACAAUCCCACCAGCAACUCCGUGUCCUUGGUAGAUGAGCACAAUUACAGCCUCUCCAUCCAUGAGCUGGGUCCUCAAGAAGAAGAGAGCUCUGAUGUGGUGUUUGAGAAGUCUGUGGUGUCCAAUCGGCAGACUUGUGAGGUGUUCUUCCGGCUCACCUUGCACUGUAGGGGGUGUUUCCAUGCCUGCAUCUCCUACCAGAACCAGCCCAUAAGCAAUGGUGAUUUUGACAUCAUUGUUCUAAGUGAGAACGAAAAGAACAUUGUAGAGCGCAAUGUGUCCACCUCAGGUGUCAGUAUUUAUUUUGAAGCCUACCUUUAUGAUGCUCCUAGUUAUACCAACACUCAGUGGCAAUUUCCACCGAUGCACUUGAGCUCCUCCCAGCGCCGUCCUUCUACUGCAGCUGAGGAUGAAGAUGAAGAUUCUCCUUCUGACAGCCAGACCCCAGAGAAAGUCAAGAAACCCAAAAAAGUGUACUGCUAUGUGUCACCUAAGCAAUUCUCAGUGAAAGAAUUUUACCUGAAGAUCAUUCCAUGGCGCCUUUUCACCUUUAGAGUGUGUCCUGGCACAAAGUUUUCAUACCUUGGUCCUGAUCCUGUGCACAAAUUACUGACACUGGUGGUGGAUGAUGGGAUCCAACCCCCUGUGGAACUCAGCUGCAAGGAGAGGAACAUCUUGGCAGCCACUUUCAUUCGCUCUCUGCAUAAAAACAUAGGAGGCUCUGAAACCUUCCAAGACAAGGUGAACUUCUUUCAGCGAGAGCUACGUCAGGUGCAUAUGAAAAGACCUCAUUCCAAGGUCACGCUGAAGGUCAGCCGGCACUGUCUGCUGGACUCGUCUUUUAAAGCAACACGCAAUUUUUCUGUUUCUGACUGGAGCAAAAACUUUGAAGUGAUUUUCCAGGAUGAAGAAGCUCUGGACUGGGGAGGUCCACGCAGAGAAUGGUUUGAGCUCAUCUGUAAGGCAUUAUUUGAUACCACCAAUCAACUGUUUACCCGCUUUAGUGAUAACAACCAGGCCUUGGUGCAUCCAAAUCCAGAGCGUCCCACGUAUUUGCGACUCAAAGUGUAUGAAUUUGCAGGCCGCUUGGUAGGGAAGUGUCUUUAUGAAUCUUCUCUGGGAGGUGCUUACAAACAACUGGUUCGAGCUCGCUUCACCCGAUCGUUCCUGGCUCAGAUUAUAGGGCUCCGUAUGCAUUACAAGUAUUUUGAAACGGAUGACCCAGAAUUCUAUAAAUCCAAAGUGUGUUUCAUACUGAACAAUGAUGUGAGUGAGAUGGAUCUGGUUUUUGCUGAAGAGAAAUAUAGCAAAACAGGACAGCUGGAGAAGGUGGUAGAACUGGUGGCAGGAGGGGCUCAAGUACCAGUGACCAAUGAAAACAAAAUCUUGUAUCUAAAUCUGCUUGCGCAGUACAGGCUGGCUAAUCAGGUUAGAGAGGAGGUGGAUCACUUUCUGAAAGGCCUUAAUGAAUUAGUUCCUGAGAACCUCCUGGCUAUUUUUGAUGAGAAUGAGCUUGAGUUGCUUAUGUGUGGUACUGGAGAUAUCAGUGUCUGUGACUUCAAGGCACAUGCUGUAGUGGUAGGAGGAUCUUGGCACUUCCGUGAGAAGGUCAUGAGGUGGUUUUGGACCGUUGUCUCCAGUUUCACGCAAGAAGAACUGGCCAGGCUUUUGCAGUUCACAACUGGUUCCUCCCAGCUGCCCCCAGGAGGAUUUGCUGCACUGUGUCCAUCUUUCCAGAUCAUUGCGGCUCCAACUCACAGUACUUUGCCGACAGCCCACACUUGUUUUAACCAGCUGUGCCUCCCUACUUAUGACUCCUAUGAAGAAGUGCACAAGAUGCUGCAGCUAGCUAUCAGCGAGGGUUGUGAGGGUUUUGGCAUGCUGUGAGUUCCCCUUUCCAGGAGACUACUUAGCCUCUUGGCUCUUUGUGGCAAGACCCAGGUUCAGUCCUCUGCUUGUUCUCUUUACCUUCACAUGGGCAAUGGAGGCAGAGCAAAGACUCCAUGUAAAGGAAUUUGUCAUCCAGAAGAUGUCAUGUGGCCUUUCUGUAUCCCAAAUAUGUCAUCAAGAGCUCAUCUUUUCCCUUUUCCUCAUUCUCCCUUUGGUUCAAUGUGAAACGGCGAAAGGACUGUGGUGCAUUCAUCAAGGAGAUAUUUUACUUGAUUUCCAUGCACCCUGUACACCCAUCCUUCUGUGAGAAGAUGAAGUUCAUAAGCCGAAGUUACAGUGAAGUGCAGGAGAUCUGCUGAGCUGCCUUUAUUGUAGCUCUCUAGGAGGAAGAGGGAAGACCAGCAUGGAGCUCUGCUGGAAACCUGGCUCAAGGGAA